UGCCCCGACCUACGACCUUUAAUAAAUUACCCGAUCUGUUACGGGACGGAUCUAGAUACCAAGAAACCCGCCCCGGUGCCCAUUGCCAUUCCUAGACGCCAUGGCCGUAUUUUCAUCAGCAAAUUAUCCUUGGGAAGGAAAGGAUAGCCGAUAGAGGAUAAAAGAUUUACCUUCUUUUUAGAAGACAAGUAAAGUGGCCGGGCACCAAUUGGGCCGGCCUUCGACCCAGCGUCUCCUUUUUGUGGGCUUGCAUCUUCUCUUAUGGUUGGGCUGACAAUAUGGAAGCCCGACCCACCACUCCCUUCUUCUUUCCACCCAAAAUAUCUCUUUUUUUAAUUCACUAUUAUUUAUUUUUCUACGUACUUUUUAUUUAUUUAUUUUUGCCUGGAUUAUCGCAAGAGGUUUCCCCUUUUUUCGUUUUAUUUUCCCCUGAUUCCAAUUUCCCAAGAGUUUCUCGCCGUCUCUCCAAUUCCAACCCCAACGCAAUAAAUCAGUCCUUCUCCCCUCACGAUUCAAUCACUCUCUCGAUCUAGAGAUUUCCCCCCUUUCGUCUGCCGAUCGAUUUAUCACCAUGGGAGGAGGAGCAGCCAUGAGAACAGUGGCCAAGGUCGCCGGUAUCGGCGUCGUCAACAGUGGAUUCCGCGGCGCCGUCUCCGGAUUGCCUCCGGCUGAACAUUCGGUUCGCAGCGCAUCUCACACCGUUUCGGCGGCGAUCUCGUCAACGUCUUCUACGUCGUCGUUAUCUGGUGUGGCGGCGGUUCAGCGCCCUGUUUGGGAGCUCGAUGAGUGGGAAUUCGCCGGCGGCGAGGAAGAGGUUAUGUCGGAGCCUCUGGAGCCGAAGCCCAGGCUCGUUUUUGGCGGCCCGCCGACUUAUCAGGAGGCCCAAGAGGCCACCGCCGAGUUGAAGGACGCUCUGGAGAAAAUAUCUAGUCCUGCACUUGGAGGAUCAGCUGCCUCAAUUGGAUUCAGUGACCAUCUUGGCCUCCCUUUGCUUACAACUUCCGAGCUGGAGUCUAAAACUUGCCUUACAUGCGAGAGAAAAGCUGCUCCGGAGUAUGCUGUCAAGGCAUUCAAGUUGCUGAAUGAAAGUCCUGCUGCUCAGUCUGUUGUAGUUUCAAUUGCCUCGGACCCAAACGUGUGGGAUGCGGUUAUGCGAAACGAUGCACUCACCGCGUUCCUCCAGUCCCACAAAACAAUUACAAGCCCCACGAGCGAGGCUUCCACAGAAUCCGUCACAGAUUCCAGUUCCGAGGACGCAGAAUCUAAUGUACAUGAGGAGCCGCGCUCCAGGUUUAUGGCGUACCUGGAUGACAUCAAAGUUACGGUGGUUGAUAUGUUCGGCACCGUCUCUUCUUUCCUGCAGAACAUGUUCGCGGUGCCGCCUGCUGCAGCUGCAGGUGAAUCCGAUGAGGGCAAUGCGAAAUCGACGUUCAUGGAGAACACGGUGGGAGCGUCUUUCUUGGGUUUGGCUGUAAUGGCUAUAAUGAUGGUGGUGCUGAGACGUGUCUAGAGUGGUUCUCUCAAUUUGCCGACCCUGCACAUUCUGUUGCUUUUGAUACACAAGUAGAAACGAAGAGAGGGGCGUUCUAGUUUAUGUCAAGUCUUUUUGUACAUACUAUGUCUAUGCUAGGGUUAUGUCGAAAAUGUGUGGACUGUGGAGUCGAUUGAGUUGUUAUGUUCUUGGUUUGGACUUAAUAAUGGCUAUGGUUUUUGGCUAAGUAUUCCCGGAGGGUAGAUCAGGUUUUUCUAGCAGUAUAUUUGUUGCCUGUCCAAACUGAAGGUAGGUGAUUUCCUUUUGGUGAAUUCUUUGAAUCAAAGACUUGUAAUUAGGGAAAAGUAAGUUAUUAAAAUUGAGUCGAACUAAUCGAUCGGACUGGUUAUCGUUGUCAAUCCGUAUUAUUUUGGUUCAAGGAGUGAAUGAAGGGAACCAAUCAUAGUUGUUAUGUCGGUGGAAUGAGGCCGGUUGAACCUAGUUCAAUUGGUGUCGGUCAUGAAACUGGCGUGAAUACCAUCGGUAUAGUCAAUUUACUACUUGUAAGCAAAAUGAUGAUGUUUUAGUGAAUUUAAUUCAUAGAAAAUUAAUUUAUUAUUUAUUUUAUGAAUUUAAAUGUUGAUGUUAUUUGUUGAGUUCAAGUAUAAAUAUUUAGAUAUCAA